GAAUUCAAGCUUUAAUUCCUCAGUUGAAUUUUCAUCAGACCACUCGACACCACAUGUUCCAUCCUGCACCAAGUACAUACUUUGGGACUAACCAUGAUUUUGAAAUUAGUAACUAUUUGGACACUACUUUGUGCACUGACAGACACAAGUUUAUCUUUAUCACUAAUACCCGCAAGCACGGAAACCACUGAAUUUUUCUCAGACGCUACCGUGACACCUGUCACGCUACAAGAAGAUGACUCCUUCACUACAGAAAUGAACCCUUUACCGGAUAAACGCAUUAAUAAUGGUGCAAUGGAUUCCGUCCCAAAAGUUGAAUCAAGAAUUGUUGCUGGUGGUGAACAAAGCGAUGAUGAACGUGCGCGAAUAAGAGAACGCAUCGAGAAACGGAGGUUGGAGGCUGAAAGUAGGGAAAGACAGCAAGCACUUUCGGAUUCUAUUAAGAAAUAUACAUUUUAUCCACCUACAAUUCACAAUUCGGGCGGAUUUGGUGCCAGUUAUCAUAGCAAUCAACGUUUCUAUGGUCGCAGGCGGGGACGCUAAUUUUAAUUAAUAAAUA